AUGGCGGAAGAGAAUGACAGGAAAGGGCUUCUCGAUGGAAGGGAGGCCUACACUCGGCCAUACACUCCUCCUAAUGAAUACGAUGAAGCUCCUUUCCAUGAGAUAGGAAAAAGUCCUAAAGAGAUUACCAUCAUUCUGUCAUUAUAUCGUGGUUCUAAGGUGGAUUCCACGUACGUUUUGCUAGGAGUGAGCAUAACUUCUAUUGGCUUGGUGGAAUUAGUUUUGGUUUACUGGUCCAGAUCAGGUGAACUGCCAGCAGAGAAGUUGUGGUUCUUGUAUUUUGUAGGAAUCUGCAUCGCACUGGAGUCGGUCUUAACAAAUGUUCUGUUGUACCACAGACCCAAAGCAUAGAGCUCUACAUUGUAUUUAUAAUGGCAUAAUUUAGUUACAAGUACGGUUGUUUAGAGAUUGAAAUGAGUUAUUGCGUAUUUAAUUAGCUGCUAUCGUUUUUGUUUGUUUUGUUUGUUUGUACCACAGAGUCCAGAUUUUUCUUUAUUUGUAUUAAAUGACAUAAUUUAGUUUAAAGUACGGUUGUUUAGAGAUUUAAAUGAAUAAUUACGUAUUUAAUUAGCUGCAAUCGUUUUUGUUUGCUUUAGUCCAAUUCAGAAAAAAACAAACAGGAAUUAGACUUCAAAUUUGAGGUAUCAUUACGCUUGAUGAUGCAUGUAGUAUGUGNUCCAG